AUGGAUUUCAGCCGUAUACGGAAUAUCAUCACCAGAUACUGUGUGGGGGAGGAGCCCUGGGUGGACAGUCGGACGGUGUACAUCGGACACAAAGAACCCCCUCCAGGAGCAGAAGCCUACAUCCCCCAGCGCUACCCUGACAACCGCAUCGUCUCCUCCAAGUAUACGUUUUGGAACUUCAUUCCCAAGAACUUGUUCGAGCAGUUUCGAAGAAUAGCAAACUUCUACUUUCUGGUUAUUUUCCUGGUUCAGCUCAUCAUCGACACCCCCACCAGCCCCAUCACCAGCGGCCUGCCUCUCUUCUUCGUCAUCACCGUCACCGCCAUAAAGCAGGGCUACGAGGACUGGCUGAGGCACAAGGCGGACUGCUCGAUAAAUGAAUGUCCAGUGAAUGUGGUGCAGCAGGGGAAGGCGGGGAGGACGCAGAGCCACAAGCUGAGGGUGGGGGAUGUGGUCAUGGUGAGGGAGGAUGAGACUUUCCCAUGUGACCUCAUCCUUCUCUCCUCCAGUCGCCACGACGGGACCUGCUACGUCACAACAGCCAGUCUCGACGGGGAGUCCAGUCACAAGACCUAUUAUGCCGUACCAGAUACCAUGGCCUUUCGAACCGAGCAGGAGGUGGAUUCUCUACAUGCCACUAUUGAGUGUGAACAACCGCAGCCUGACCUCUACAAAUUUGUGGGACGCAUCAAUAUAUACAAGGACAAGGACGAGCCAGUGGCUAGACCACUUGGAGCCGAAAACCUUCUUCUCAGAGGAGCGACAUUGAAGAAUACACAACAUAUUUAUGCUGUUGCGAUCUACACUGGUAUGGAGACGAAGAUGGCACUAAACUACCAGUCCAAAUCUCAAAAGCGUUCCGCUGUGGAGAAGUCCAUGAAUGCUUUCCUCAUAGUCUAUCUGUGCAUCUUAAUCAGUAAAGCAGUUAUCAACACUGUUUUGAAGUACGCCUGGCAGUGGUCACCUGACCGAGACGAGCCCUGGUACAACCAUCGCACAGAGCACGAGCGCCAGAGACAUGUGGUCAUUCGAGCUUUCACCGACUUCCUGGCCUUCAUGGUACUAUUCAACUACAUCAUUCCCGUCUCCAUGUACGUGACGGUGGAGAUGCAGAAGUUCCUGGGGUCCUACUUCAUCACGUGGGACGAGGACAUGUUCGACGAGGAGCUGGGAGAGGGCGCGCAGGUCAACACCUCGGACCUGAACGAGGAACUGGGCCAGGUGGAGUAUGUGUUCACUGAUAAAACCGGCACGCUGACUGAAAACAACAUGGAGUUUAUCGAGUGCUGUGUGGAUGGCAACGUCUACAUCCCCCACGCCAUCUGUAACGGCCAGAUCCUCAGCGCCGCCUCCAGUAUAGACAUGAUCGAUUCUUCUCCUGGAGGAUACCGGAGAGAGCAUGAGGAUCUGUUCUUCAGGGCGCUGUGCUUAUGCCACACGGUUCAGGUCAAAGAGGAGGAGACCGUGGAUGGUAUUAAGAGAGGCCUCCACCAGGGCAGACCCACCUCCUUCUACAUAUCCUCCUCCCCUGACGAGGUCGCUCUUGUGGAGGGAAUGAAAAGGCUGGGCUACACGUACUUGCGCCUGAGAGACAACCACAUGGAGAUACUCAACAAAGACGACGAGAUUGAGAGAUUUGAGUUGUUACAUGUCCUAAACUUUGACUCUGUGAGAAGAAGAAUGAGUGUCAUAGUCAGAACAAGCUCAGGAGAGGUCCUGCUGUUCUGUAAAGGAGCAGACUCGUCUAUCUUUCCACGGGUGGUGUCUGGGAAAGUGGAGCAAGUUAAAGCCCACGUGGAGCAAAACGCUGUGGAGGGGCUGAGGACACUGUGCGUCGCCUUCAAACGUUUAUCAGAGGCCGAGUAUCAAGAAGCGUGCUACCAUCUGAACGAAGCCAAGCUCGCCCUGCAGGACAGGGAGCAGAGGCUGGCACAGGCCUAUGACAUCAUCGAGAGAGACCUGGUUCUGUUGGGAGCCACCGCAGUGGAGGACAGGCUCCAGGAGAAAGCAGCGGACACUAUUGAAUCACUGCACAAGGCUGGGAUGAAAGUUUGGGUCCUGACAGGAGACAAGAUGGAGACGGCUGCAGCCACCUGUUACGCCAGCAAGCUUUUCCGUCGCAGCACGCAGAUCCUGGAGCUGACCAAGAAGCGCACUGAGGAGCAGAGCCUGCACGACGUCCUGUUUGAGCUGAACCGGACAGUCCUCAGACAGCGCUCUAUCUCAGGCCUGUCUGUGGACUGCUUGGACUUCGGUCUGAUCAUAGACGGGGCCACACUCUCUGCCGUCCUGAAGCCCAGUCAGGAGGGCGCUGGUUCUUCUGGAAACUACAGAGAGAUCUUCCUCGAUAUUUGUCGGAACUGCAGCGCCGUCCUCUGCUGCCGCAUGGCCCCACUGCAGAAAGCACAGAUUGUGAAAUUAAUAAAAGCUUCUAAAGAGCACCCUAUAACUCUUGCCAUUGGGGACGGUGCCAAUGAUGUCAGCAUGAUCCUGGAGGCACAUGUGGGCAUUGGGAUCAUGGGUAAAGAAGGUCGCCAGGCAGCAAGAAACAGCGACUAUGCCAUCCCCAAGUUUAAGCACUUAAAAAAGAUCCUCCUUGUACACGGACACUACUACUACAUCCGAAUAGCUGAGCUCGUGCAGUACUUCUUCUACAAGAAUGUAUGCUUCAUAUUCCCACAGUUCCUGUAUCAGUUUUUCUGUGGGUUUUCUCAACAACCUCUUUACGACACAGCGUACCUAACACUGUACAACAUCAGCUUCACCUCGCUGCCCAUCCUCCUCUACAGCUUAGUGGAGCAGCACGUGUCUGUCGAGACGUUAAAGAAGGAGCCUUCACUGUACAGGGAUAUCGCAAAGAACUCGCUCCUCCGCUGGCCGGUCUUCCUCUACUGGACGUGUCUGGGAGUGUUCGACGCUGUAAUCUUCUUCUUCGGUGCCUACUUCCUGUUCGACAACACCACAUUCACCAGCAAUGGCCAGCUUAUGACCACCAACACGCAGAUGAUGUUUGGCAACUGGACAUUUGGGACUUUGGUCUUCACUGUGCUUGUGUUCACCGUGACACUAAAGCUUGCCUUGGAUACACACCACUGGACCUGGAUCAAUCACUUUGUCAUCUGGGGGUCAUUACUCUUUUACGUCAUCUUCUCGCUUCUCUGGGGCGGCAUCAUUUGGCCGUUCCUCAACUACCAGAGGAUGUACUACGUGUUCAUGCAGAUGCUCUCCAGUGGUCCGGCUUGGCUCAGCAUCAUCUUGCUCAUCACCAUCAGCCUCUUGCCAGAUGUCAUCAAGAAGGUCCUGUGUCGGGCCAUGUGUCCCACUGCGACCGAGCGCGCACAGAGGGUAAUGACAGAGGGGGUCCUGGAUGACUUUGGGACCCCCGCACCCCUUGCUACCACUGAGCGAGAGCCUCUGCGUGUGGCGCCCCAAAAACCUCAGCCAAUCACAGCCCUGCUCCGUAGCUGGGCUCAGGACGCCAUGAGUAACGAGGAGACCGUGCGGGGGGUCGUGGCCGAGCUGACCCCACUGUCGUCACGGCGAUCCUACAGAAGCACGAGCGCCCAAUCCUCCCACCUGCACCUGAGCCCCGCGGAGGCCCUGUCGCUGCACAUGUCGGACACCUUCCCCCAAAAGAUACUGACCGGUCUGACCGAGAGGGGGGGGGCAGACCUGUACCUCAGCCCCUACUUGCUCCGCCUGUCCGGGGCCGGAUUUGCUCACUACGCUCCAGGCCCAGAAACGACUGUAUGA